ACAGAUGGGGUGACAGCUAUUGUAACAAUAUUCAUCCCAAUCUGAUCAUGUCUCGUGCUUAGCCUUAACUCUCACAAUAUGAAUAAAGCAAAGUACAUAGGCUGGUAGCUCCACCCAAAAUGUCUCCUUAUCUCUCCCUCAUUUUUAGUGUCUUUCUUUAUCUCAGGGUUUAUGGAGCUGCUGUUAAUAAGCCAAAUAUUAUAAUAUUAUUUGCUGAUGAUCUUGGAUAUGGAGACCUCCAGAUAUACGGUCACCCAACCUCUUCAACACCUAAUCUCAAUUCAAUGGCAAGUGAAGGACUAGUCUUGACUCAGUUUUAUUCUGCUAAUCCAGUCUGCAGUCCUUCAAGAGCUGCACUCAUGACAGGAAGAUAUCCUCCAAGAACUGGAAUAUGGCCAGGAGUUUUAAAUCCUAAUAGUAUUGGAGGACUACCUCAUAAUGAGACAACAAUAGCUGAAGCACUUAAGACUGCUGGAUAUAAGACUGGUAUGGUAGGAAAGUGGCACUUGGGUGUAGGAGAAAAUGGAACAUAUUUACCCACUAACCAUGGGUUUGACUAUUAUCUUGGUAUACCAUAUUCAAAUGAUGAGUGCCCAUGCACUAUCUGUUACUAUCCAAAUGCACCUUGCAACUCUCCACUUAAAAUACCUUGUAAUCCUUCCUUCGUCAGUUGUCCUGUGUUUGAAAAUACCGAUAUAAUAGAACAGCCAGCACACUUGCCGACUCUUUCAACAAAGUAUUCAAAUGCAGCAUUAGGUUUCAUUAGAGCAAAUGCAGGAAAGAAUCCUUUCUUCCUUUACAUGGCUUUUACUCACGUACAUCAACCACAAUUUUCUGAUGAAGACUACACAAACACUACCCUGAGAGGACCUUUUGGUGAUGCACUGGCAGAGCUUGAUAAUGAAGUAGGUCUAAUUAUGUCGACACUCAAAGAUACUCAAGUUGAUGAUAAUACGUUUGUCUUCUUUGCUUCAGACAAUGGUCCUUCUUUACGUGUUCAACAACAAGGAGGAAAUGCAGGUCUCCUUCGUUGUGGGAAAGGCUCAACAUGGGAUGGUGGAAUGAGGGAACCAGCAAUUGCUUGGUGGCCUGGAAAAAUUCGUCAAGGAAAAACAGCAGAAUUGGCAGCAACAGUUGACCUCUUUCCUACUAUCAUGUCCAUUACAGGAGCUAAACCUGGAUCAGCUUUUAUUGAUGGGAUAGACAUGUCUCCAAUCCUUUUUGAUUCAAAGCCAAGCAAUAGAGAGAGCUAUGUCUAUUUUCCUGCCAUUUAUGAUCCCAAUAUUGGGUAUCAUGCUAUAAGAUGGAAGCAAUAUAAAGCUCAUUACUACACCAGUGGAGGCAUAGGUCUAUGCCCUGACACAUAUCCAGAUAUUGUUUGUCGUGGUAAUUAUUCAAGACGUUCACAUGAUCCACCUCUUCUUUAUGACUUACAUCAAGACCCAAGUGAGAUAUACAAUCUAGAUACAACUAGGUAUGCUGACGUCAUGGCAAACAUUGAUGCAGCUCGUAAGAACUUUGAAUCAACUUUUGAGUACUCAGAAUCUCAAGUACAACGUGGAACAAAUGAAAAAUUCAUGCCAUGUGCAAGUCCUGGGUGCUCUCCCUUCCCUUCAUGCUGCAAAACCAGCUCACAAGAAAGUACGCUAUGGACCUCUUACAGUAGCUCUCGUGUUUAAAUUGAAGCUAAUUUGCUGCAAAAAGGCAAUGUGUAAAUGCACUAUUACUUAUAUAAUUUAUUUAAUUAGAUAAUGAAGCAUAAAG